GAUUCGCCUUUGUUCAGAUUCCAUAUUCGUCUUUGUCUUGCUUCCACGUCAGAGCUCCUGAACAAAAGCUGUGCGUUCCGUCGAUCAUCUUGAAUGAAUUCAUUCCCUCAAAUCAUCCGACAAAUUAUUUGUUUGCUAGAGGCCUAAAGCGUUUUUUAGAUUUUAUUCUGUACGAACAAAGCUAUCUCGUCAUUCAGUGCAGAGCGAUCUCGAAAAUCCUGCAGAAUGUUGCUACGUACCAUCUACUUCCGUUGUCGAUAUUUGGCCCGGUGUCUCGGACGCUUUGGUAUUUACUUGGAUCAUCGUCUGUGGCAAAAUGUGCGAUCAAAGUAGAACUAGUAAAUGAUAGCUUCACAGAAUUGAAGGGUGAAAUUGCAGGACCUCCAGAUACUCCGUACGAAGGAGGAAACUUUGUGCUAGAGAUCAAAGUACCUGAAACUUAUCCAUUUAAUCCACCCAAAGUACGCUUUAUAACAAAGAUAUGGCAUCCAAAUAUAUCGUCGGUCACAGGCGCCAUAUGCUUGGACAUAUUAAAAGACCAAUGGGCUGCGGCGAUGACCCUACGGACGGUUUUGUUGUCGUUACAAGCCUUACUUUCCGCCGCCGAACCUGACGAUCCCCAGGAUGCGGUGGUCGCUAAACAGUACAAGGAACAACCGGAGAUGUUUCGUCAGACCGCGAAGCAUUGGACGUCAGUGUAUGCCGGUGGACCGGCCAAAAUGCCAGAUUUGGACGACAAGAUAAGAAGAUUGACCGAUAUGGGCAUCGAAGAACACAACGCACGAGUAGCCUUAUCCUCUUACAAUUGGGACUUAGAACGUGCCACCGAACAGCUCUUCAGUUAGUGACGACUGUGUACCUUCAUGUAUCAUACGACCAGCCACCACUUGUCAAAUACCGAACCUCGGUAUUCACAUCACACACGAACAAGUACGCCACAGUGGUUACAAUAAAUGAAAAAUUUAGCACUCGUAAUGACAAUAUCGCAGGCACGAGUUAACUUUGGCAGCGAUCCCCAUUCGGGAUUGAUUAAUAGUCAUUUAAUUAAUUUGUAAAAUAGACACGAGAAACAAUAAUUAAUAAAAAGGAAUCAAAAAACAAGAAAAAAAAAAGGAAAGAUAGGAUAAAAUUGUGUAGAAAAUUUGAUGAGAUAUGUAUCUCGAGAAGAGGGCGUUUUUGUAGAUUACGGAUAUCUACUUUUAAUCGAAAUCACAUCGAGUGACUACCCAUGCCCGACUUUUUUUUUUUGUUGUAUAAAAAUGUCCGCACAGAUGACAGCGAGUUGAACAAAUUCUUUUCAAAUUCAUGUUGAACUUGCAGACUCACUUCUGGAGGUGCGUAUCUAUUCGAAAAGAUCUAAUGCCGUGUUGUAAAAUCUCACCUUAAAACUGCUCCAAUUACAAUGAGUCCUGCCGUCUCAUGAUAAAUAAUUAAGUCCUUAGGUUCCAUCUGAAAAAUUGUACAUUAAUAAAAUUGCGAAUUCCUUCAAUUUCCGUACCACAUAUGUAAAAAAAUUAUGCACUCGAAUGAACUUGAUUCUUAGUAUUUUAUGUUUGUAUAUUUUUGGAGCGUAGGUACUUCGCGAGUGAAAUUUACUCAUUCGUGUUACAUCCGCCAAUGAAUUUUAUGAAAUAUAUAAUUACACUAUUUCGAUAGCACAUUUCAUUAAAGAAAUGGUAGAAUUAAUAAAAAGUAAGUCACACCGUCAGUCACGUUGUACAUUUACAAAUGAAACCUCAUUAAAUUCGUGUCCUGAUGAGUCAGUGGAUUGAUUUACUUCAUCAUAAUGUCAACGGGUGUGAAAUAUUGCAGGAAUUAAAUGUUGCAUCGAUGAUGUGCGAACGGCUUAUUGCCUUGCCUAAUUUAUAAUUACUCACAUCUGAGCGGUGUCUGAAAUGUGGCUAGCAAAGAUCGAUGCAGAAAAUCCUCGGGAGAGAAUGUGUUACUCUAAGAUCAUGGUUGAGAACAUGUGAAUUUGAAUUACCUCGAAGUAAUGAAACUAGCGUUACGCAUGACGAGGAGUUUGGGAUAAUGUGUAUUUACCAUUUGAAGAGAUCAAUGUAUAUGGGGGUGAUGUUAUACAUUGGCGUUUCAAGAAUAUUAAUAAAAGUAAUUUUUUUUCA